UAUCUAUGGAAUUGUGUGAGCAGCAGUCAACUGUUGAUAUUGAAGAUGGUGAAAAAUCAUCAGAAUUGCUCUGGAACAAGGUCUCUUUAGUACAGCCAACUGUUCCAACUGCUGGCGAUGCGAGAUACCUCACACGGCUUUGGGUUUCUGAAAUUGAAGAGCCACUGGAGCAGCUUCACCGUCGGGAAAUAACUUAUAAGAUAAGAUCUGCAUUAAAGCAGUUAACAUUCCGUGAGAAGCAUGUUCUCAUUCAGUUCUGGUCAGCGCGUUCUGUUGGGAAGCACCAACUACUUACAACUGUAGAUCAACCAUUUGGUCUUGGUAUAGUCGUUCAAGAACUUUGUUUAUAUAGAAGAGAGUCGGAGCAUAGUGCAUAUCUUGUGGACAAAGAUCAUGAAGAACAAGACAAUAAUCCUCCUGCUCGAGUAUUUAGGCGAGGAUUGCCAGAGUGGACUUUUGAUAUAACUAAUUACAACCCAAAAGAUUUUCCACAACAAGAUUAUUUGAUUCGUAGAAAUCUUUAUGGAUAUAUGGCUUUACCAGUGUUUGAUUCUACCACAGGGUUAUGUGUUGGUGUGCUUGAACUCUUGAUGUCUUCCAAGUAUAUGAGUUACGCUUUUGAGGUUCAACAAAUUCACAAUGCGCUCAAGACAAAAAAUCUGGCGACUCCAGAAGCAUUUGAUUCUCCUGUGUCAACGGUGAGACAUGGCUUUUAUACACAGGUUCUUGAUGAACGCAAGCAAAGUGAGUUGUAUGUAAUUUCCAGUAUUCUUCAAACAGUGAGUGACAUCCAUAGUUUGCCUCUUGCUCAGACAUGGGCUAUGUCCCCAACUGGUAGUUUUGUUUCCCGUGAAAAUGUAAUAGAAAAGACUUGUAGUAGUUAUGAUAGUAGAUGCAUUGGGAAAGCCUGCAUGUCCACAACUGCUCUACCAUUUUAUGUUCGAGAUGUGGGCAUGUGGCAGUUUAGGGAAGCAUGUAGAGUCCAACACUUGCAUAAGUCUCGUGGCAUUGUUGGGAGGGCAAUGUUAGCCCAUGCUUCAUGUUAUUGUCAAGAUGUAACUGCAUUAGGUGAAGAGGAAUAUCCUUUGGUCCACAAUGCACGCAUGAGUAGGUUAGCAAGUUGCUUAACAGUUUUCUUGCAUAGUCUUGUAGGAAAUGAUGAUGGCUAUGUGUUGGAGUUUUUCUUGUCAGACAACAAAGAUAGUAAUCAUGUAUUAAACUUGGUGCAAACGUUGAAGCAGAAAGUUGAAGCUGUUUCUGGAUUGAAAUUGGGUGAAACAUCAACUAUAGAAGGUAUUGGAAAGGAGGGCAGUAAUCUGUCUUCAAGUAUAAAUCCUGAUACUAUCCAUAUAUCCUCAUCCACAUGGGCUAAUACCUCCAUAUUUGAGAACUCAUCAAAUUCAGAGUCAUUUUUGGCAACUACAUCCUAUUCUAAUGUGAGUACAAUGAAAAAGAACGAUAUCUUCACUGAUGCUGGAAAAAAUAGUUUUCGGUUGAAACAGGGCAGAAAGAGUAAAAUAAACUCACUGACAAUGAAGUCACUUGAGCAACAGCUUGGAAAACCAAUAGGUCAAGCUGCAAAGAGCCUUGGUGUUAGUAGGUCCACAUUGAAGCGAUUUUGUAGGGUGCAUGGUAUAUCCAGUUGGCCAACGCAAACGAGUAGUACCAAGAUAGGUUAUCUUACAAAUUCAUACAUUUCACAAGAAUCAUGGCCGGAGAAGCAUUUGCAAAGAUCUUCAAGCCCGUCUUUUGCUUUAUCCGUUGCUGUUUUCGUGGUGCUAGGGGUUAAGCGGUGGAGUUGUUCAAGUAAAAGACAUGGUUUUGCAGGCAAGUGGUGGAGUUGUGGCAAACAUAGCUAUCUACCUUCAAGAUCAUAUUCUAUUUACCAAAUAACACGACUUGUAGUGGGCUUGAUGCGCUGGAGACGUAAAAGUUCAAAAAGGCAUGCAAUGCCAUACAAUCCAUCUUUGUAUCUGAGCAUAGGAAAUUUAAAACACGAGACAAGUCUGGUAAACAAAUAUAUAAAUGUUGAUCAGCCACUCUUAGAUUCUGGUUUAAUUUGUGCAUCUUCAAAGCAGAGUGUUGGCACUGGUUUGGAUAUGGGGCUCGUGUUAACGGUAAAGGCAAGUUUUAAUGAUGAUAUGAUAAAGUUCCGAUUUCCUAUUACAUCGGGCUUGUUGGAACUUGAGAACGAAGUUGCUCAAAGAGUAAAUGUCAAGGGUAAAAAGCUUAGUCUAAAAUAUAAGGAUGAAGACAAUGAUUUGGUAAGCAUUACUUGUGAUGCUGACUUGUAUACUCUUCCAGAACUUUUGGCUACUAACAGCACCAUCAAAUUACACGUCCAGGUGGCAGAUGAUUAAUCUCAAGUCUGGACAAGUUGGUUGUUUUGUUUUCUUUCAGGAAUUUUAAUUCAAGUUUUGAACUUCAUGAAAAUACUGUUCAUUAAUCUGUCAUUUGGUAAACUAAAAAGGUAAUAGUUAUAUACAUAUUCUUAAACUUUAAA